UGGGAGCCUCAGGGACCUAUAGAGGUUACAGGCUGUGAGCCCAGGUGUGCUGGGACCAGUAAGGGAGUGGCACUGGGCGUGCUGGGAGCCACAGGGAUUUAUGGAGGUCCCAAGGUCAUGACCCCAGGAGUGCUGGGACCAGUAAGCGGCCGGCGCUGGGGGUGAUGGGAGCAGCACGGGAAAACCCCCGGGCCCGGGCGGGCCCCAUCACCCAGCCGAGGAUUUUCCUUUGGCUCCGGCGCUGCGCGGAGGAUUUGGGAGAUUUGAGCAGGAGCAGAGCGAGGAUUAAUCGGGAUUAUUGGGAUAUUCGCUGGAAUAUUAACUGGCUUACAGGGGAUGAGGUCUCCGGGGCACAAACACCCCUCAGCCGCAAAUUAAAGCGCUAAUGAGCUGGAAUAAGGCGUGAGGGGAAACUGAGGCACCGCCUGGAGCCAACCCUCGGCCCCCACGAGCCCCCCGGGGCCUCCAUCGCCCUCCCCGGGGCUUUUCCGAGUUCGGAGCCGCCGCUCUCGCCCAUUUCAUUUCCUGCUUCGGAGGUUUCGCUUUUCGCUCAAAACCCGAAGGGGAAAUUCCCUCCCCCAAAUUUGCUGCUGCUCGACUUUCGGGCAGCCGCCACUGUCAGCGCGAUGUCACCGCGGCCACCGGGCAGGGCCAGGUCAGUCCCCACCACGGUGGUCGUUCCCUCUCCUCUCUCCUGCCCAGGUGUGAGGGAGAUGGAGGAGCUGUUCCUGCAGCUCUGGGCGGAGGUGGCCAGGCUGCAGGAGCUGUGCUUGGAGCAGGGGAGGCUGCUCCAGAGGCUGAGGGCCAGGAAGGGGCCAGUCCUGGACAUCCCGGUGUCGCUGCCCAUCCAGUGCACGGAGGACGCGGUGACGGGGGAAGGCCAGAGGUCACCUGAGAGCCACCAAAACCACCCAGGGGCUCCAACAUCCUCCGCAUCCAACCUGGAGGGCUCUGCUCAUCCCAUGGAACAGCCCCAGGCCGCCAGCAGGCUCCCCCUGAGCCCUGGGAACGGCGUUGGAACCGGAGGCGCCGCAGCUUUUGGCAGCACCGAGGGGGAGAAGGGGGAUGUGCCCACCUGGAUGAGGACCUGGAUCCUCCCUGUCCCCCGGGAAGGAGGGAGAGCUCCCUGCAGCCCACGGGGCUUGGAGACACUAAAUCCAGGGGCUGAGGGCUCCUUCCUAAAUCUUCUGGACCUCUAUGAAGCCCCAGAAGUGCUUGAGAGGGAAGAUGCUCCCAGGGACGGGGCUCUCCCUGUGGAGGCUCCGGUGGAGAUCCGAGGGCCUGUGAAGGUAAUUCGGGAGGCUGGACGGAGCUGCGGCAUCAGGGACUCUUCAUCCUCCUCUCCAUCAGUCCCGGACCCACGGGAAGUGUGGCAGAGUGGGGUUAUUGCCCUAAAAAGUCUCUGGGCACCCAAUUUUCUGGUUCCCAGGGGAAUUGGGUACAGAAAUCCCCCGGGGUCCCAGCCAGGACGUCCCUCCCGUGAUCCUGGCGGAGGCUUUGAGGAUCCCCUGGAGGAGUCAGCUGGGGGAAAAGCUCUCUCAGUCUCCUUUGGGUCUUCCAGUUAAACAGCUCUGAAGUAUUUCCUUCCUUCUCCCGGAUCUCUCCACCCCAAAACACAUUUCCAAACCAUUCCAAAUGAUUCCUGUCCUUCUGAAAGGACUUUUAAAGACCUCCUGAGCUCUGGCCCCUCAGUCCUCCUGGUGAACCUUCACCGCAGUCCUGGGUCCCUGGGAUGCCAAACCCAUUUUCUUUCAUUCCUUUUCCUAAAUGAAGCCCUUAACAAUUCUUCCAUGGCUUCAGGGGCUGGGUAUUCCCGGGGUUAACUCCUGAUUUUGGGCCGUAUUUGGGAGGGAGUUUUUUAAGGAGAAGGGGGAAGUGGGGCCGUGUCUGUCUGGGGAGGCCCCAAGGGGCCCUAUCAGCACCCAAAGGACAACGGCACAGGGACAAGUGACAAAUGGGCUCCAGUUUGCUGCUCAAAGCCAAUUUUCCUCCUGGUUUGGCUCAUUGGAAGCGCUGGGGAGGCUUGGGAGCCACGUGGGCAUGGGAUUGUCCCGUGGAAUUGAUGGAGGGUGGAGCGAGGGGCGGCUCGAGCUCCCCCAGGCUCCAGCCCAGCCCUGUUGGGCACAAAAAGGUCGGGUUCUGGGGGCUGCCCCAGGCCGCUCCUGGGGGGCUCUCUGUCCCAAAUCCCUCUUUUCCUUGCAGACGUCCUGGACUCCGGGCUGGGUGCUGGAGGAGGGAACGCUCGGGCCUGGCCCUGCCUGCGAGGCCGCUCCGGCCUGUGACCUGCGCCAGGAGAUCUUCCCCCCGGAUGCAGCGGGACACGCGGAGUAUUUGAGCCACAUUUUGGCCCACCUGGAGUAGGACUUGUCUUCCCUAUGGGAAAUCCAUGGAUUUGUACCUUGACCCACGGGACGGGCUCUGGACAUUCCCAAGCUGGACUUGGUGGCCUCGGAGGGCUCUUCCAGCCCUGGGGCUCUGUGGCUGAUGAGGAUCCUGGGAUCCUGCUGCUGGUUUGGGCUGGGAGCAGUUUCCACCUUCCUCGUCCUCCAUGCGGAAUUUGGAUCACCUCGGGUGUGUUUUGGGUUACUGAUCUCCGUGGAUAUCGAAGUGGAUCCCAUCCCGGGCUCUGGAGGUGUGAGGGGGAGCUGCAGCUCCCGGGAAAAGGGAAUUCCUCAAAAUUUGCCUUUGACUGAGUGGAAAGGAGUCUUCCAUAAAUAGUUAGGGAUGUCUGGAAAGGCACAUUGGCUUUUUCUGGGAGUUUGGAGGGUUGAGUGGGAGAAUCUCAAGGUUUUUGGGGUCACUAAGAAUUAUUUUAAUUAAUUAACAGUAAUUUGGGUGUUUUAUGGCACUUCCAUCAGUGGUAUCCAUGUGUUUCCAAUAGGAAUUCACUGCAGAAGUGGGGAAUUGAGGCACAAAGCAUGGACCAGCUCCAAAUCCCUCUUUUCUUUGGGAAAAAUCCCAUCUCAGGCCUUUCUAUUUUGCACGUUUCUCCCAAAGUGAAUUUGGCAUCUCCUGUUUGAGGAAACUUGUGUUGAAAUGGAGAGCCAGGAUCUCCUCUAAUUCCAGGCAUCGGGAAUAAUUGGGAUCUCCAGCUCCAACAUCUCCUCUUUGGCAGCACAGAGCAGUCAGGAGUGACGUUUCUUCCUCAAAACGGAGCCACUUUAAUGGAUUUACUCGUGACAGAACUCUGCGUGUCCCCAGGGUCCCCGGAGCCACUUUCCAAGACAAAUCCCACAACUCCUUUCCCUGCAUCUGCAGCUUUGACCUUGGAUUCUCCAUCCAUGGGGAUACUGGAGCUGCUUCCAGCCCUGGGUAGAACCGAGGCCUUUAUUUCCCUGAAAAUGGGUUUUUGCUGGGUUUUCUUGGGAUUUUCUCAAGGUUUUCUCCACAUCCCAGUGAACUUUCCCACCACCGCCUCCUGCUCCAAGUUUCCUCCUGUGGCUCCUCAGAUUAACCGGGAUUAUUUGAUGGGGUUUUAUGCUCUUCUUAGGGGAGAAACCCUCGUUUCCCAGGCGAGUCCCUGGAAGCCGCAGAUCCCAAAGCCGGAGCAAAGAACCCAUCGAUUCAUUCCCAUGGAUUGGUACCAAAUCGCCACAGCCACCCGGAAUGGCCGGAAGGAGAAUCCAGCCGGGCUCCCCUCACCUGGAGAGCAUGGCCGGGAAGUUGAAUUCCCAAAGCAGGAGCGUGGAUGGUUUUCCUCAGGAGUCAAAGCCGCCAGCACGGGGCUGGUGCGGCUCCACAGUGCCCAAAAUCCUGUGGAAAAUCCCACUGGGAGCGUUUGGAGUGAGCCACAAGGGAAUUUUGGGCUGAUCCUCCAUCCCUAGUGAGCUGGGAGGGACAAUGAUGGAAGCUCCACACACCUGGCCUCUCUCGAGGACAUUUUUAGCUGUGGGGGUGAUUAAUCCCCCCCUCCCAGCUGGUCCCCAGGGACACGGAGCUUCCUUUUUGGAUGCAGCCCUUUCCAGGGCAGGAAUGUGCCUCUGCCUCCGAAAUAACUUUAAUUGCAGGGUGCUGGUGGGGCCGUGGGUGGGGUGUGGUUGUUGAGGCCAGGUUGGGCUCCAGGUGGGUGGGAGUCGUUUUGGGAAAGGCAGGAGCUGGGCGAGGGCAGAUUCCCGUAAGGAGAAGUUGGAAAAUCAGAAUUGGGUGAAAGCUGGGCCAGGAGAACUCGGGGAUGAGGGUGUCCCGCUCCAAGCGGGGAUGGAACCGGCCACAGCGCUCCUGGGGAAACCACGGCAGCAAAAACGCAGCUGGAAACGGCAUUUUGGGUGGGAAAUGUUCAUUUUUGAGGGUUUCUAAAUUCGGGGUCUGGGCCGUGGGAGGGGGAAGGGGCUGCCCAGGUGCCGGGCGUGUCCUGACACCGAGCUCUGGGCACUAAUCCCAAAACACCCCCAGAUUCCAGCACCCAACUCCUCUGGGGCCACAUUUUCAGAGGAGACAAAAGAAAUGAGGGUGGGGCAGGGCAGGAUUUCAUCCCUCUAAUGGGAGACUGAGGAAAAAGGGAAAUUUCCUGCCCAGGAACAGCACUUCUCUUAAGGAAAAACUCUCUCCUGUGGCUGUCCCAAACCUCCUGGGAACUGCCAUUGGAAAUGAGGGAGAGGGGGAUCAUCUCUCCCCCCAUCUGCAGCAGGAGCCCAUCUGUGCCACCAGUGAGGAUGGGAAGUCAUUCAUGACUCUGUUAAUUAAUAACUGACCCUCGAUUUUCAUCCCUCAUUAAAGGAAGGGAAAUGUUCCGUGAUCCCGUUGUGUUUGGACACGAGCUCGAGGAGGCAGAGACUGGAAAAUGGGAUAAAAAAAUGUGCAUUUCCGAGCAA